AUGGAAGUAAAGCACUGCGGGCAGAAAACAGCUGAGGAGCUGGAAGGAUUAAUUUUACCAAAUGACAGCUGCACUCUGAGAUACCACAAAAAACCAAUUAAAACAGUGAAAUUCAAUCAUGAUGGAGAUUUACUCUUCUCAUCAUGUACGGAGGCCUCGCUUCUUGUGUGGCGAGUCUCAACGGGAGAGAUGCUGGGAAAGUAUCCUGGCCACGAGGGGGCAGUUGUUGGAUUUGACAUAAACCAGGAGGAUACAAGAAUAGUCUCUGCUGGUGCUGAUAGAAGAUCCAAUCUGUAUGAUAUUGAGACUGGCAAGCUGAUGUUCUCUUUUAAUACGGUGGUUACAACCAGAGAUGUUUCAUUCACAGCAGACAGCAGGCGAAUAGUUCUAUGCACUGAUGCAAUAAUGAAGGAAAAGCCUAAGUUAUGGGUAUUUGAUGCAGUGAGUGGUGAAUUAAUCAACCAGACUGUUAUUCCCAGCACACCAGUUGCUAUUAGAGCCACAAUAGACAACAAAAUACUGUACGGUGACACAGAAGGAUCCCUCACUCUUGUUGAUGAAAGAACAUUUGGUGAAAUAUCUUCAAAGAAAGUGCAUCAGUCUAAGAUUACUUCACUCACGCCUUCUUUCUGUAAUACAUACUUUGUCUCUGCUUCUACUGACUUUAAAAGCAAAAUCAUUAGAGCGGAUAAUGAGAUCACUCCAGUUAGAGAGUUUUUGUCUGACUCUCCCAAUAACGCAGCAAGAGUAUCACCAGACAACAGGAUUUUAGUCUCUGCUGGUGGUGUGGAUGCUAGGGAUGUAACUACUUCAACAGGGCAGGGAAACUUUAAUAUUGAAUUCUUUGACUGCGCCACCUCUAAACUUGUUGGAUAUUACAAAACACACUUUGGUACCGUAAAUACGCUAGACAUACACCCAUCUGGCAAUGCCAUAGCAUCUGGGGGAGAAGAUGGUGUCCUGCACUUAGUGAAAAUGGACGAUGAGGCAUUUAUUAAUGCACCUUUUGUUACUAUUGAAGAGAACGAGGCAUAG